AAAAAGAAUGUAGGAGGGACUGUCAGAGGAGAUGUGACAAUGGAUAGAGAGAUCAAAGUGAUACAAUUGCAGUCUUAGGAUAUAAGGAAGUUAUGAGCCAAGAAAUGCAGCUUCUAGAAACUGGAAAAAGCAAGGAAAAGAAUUCUCUAGAGCCUCCGGAAGGAACACAGCCCUUUGGUUUGAUUUUACUUUGAUUCUAGUGAAAUCUGUUUUGGACUUCUGACCUACAGAACUCGGCCGCCGUAGACGAAGUUGGCAAGAUGGCUGCCUGUGCUUUUGCUGGUGCGGUGAGAACGGCUUCAGGAAUCCUACGGCCCCUAAAUAUUUUGGCAUCUUCAACCUACCGAAACUGUGUCAAGAAUGCCUCUUUUAUUUCUUCAUUGUCCACUGGACGUUUUGGUCAUAUUCAGACACCAGUUGUUUCCUCCACUUCCAGACUUAUCACAUCUGAGAGAAACGUGACAUGUGGGCAUACUUCAGUGACCCUUAAUAGAGUGGCCCCCUUGCUUCCAAGUGUCCUGAAGCUGCCAGUCAGAUCUCUAACAUACUUCAGUACACAAAAAGGCAAGAGAAAGACUGUGAAAGCUGUCAUCUACAGGUUUCUUCGACUUCAUUGUGGCCUUUGGGUAAGGAGAAAGGCUGGUUAUAAGAAAAAACUAUGGAAAAAGGAACCUGUAAGAAAAAAGCGACUGAGGGAAUUUGUAUUCUGCAAUAAAACCCAGAGUAAACUCUUAGAUAAAAUGACGACGUCCUUCUGGAAGAGGCGAAACUGGUAUGUCGACGAUCCUUAUCAGAAGUAUCAUGAUCGAACAAAUCUGAAAGUAUAGAUCAGAAGUUUCACUUGUUUCUCAGUUAUUGAAUUGUAUCUUUGUGUACAUGAUAUCUUUGCAAAAAUGAAUAAGCGUAAAACUUGAUGUAAAUUGUACCAAUGAAUAUGUAAAGAUACAGUGACAACAUUAAACUUGUACAAGAUUUAAAACUUAA